AUGUCUACCCAAGAUGUUACGAAAUCUAAUUUUGUCGAUGAUGUUGAUUAUGUUCAUUCAACACAUACACAAGAGGCACAAUCUCUAGGCAAUACAAGAGGUGAAAAUGAGAGUAGAAGUACAAGAAUAAAGAUAACAUCUCCUACAUUGGAUCAUUUUACAUUGCAAAAAAUUGAUGGUGAAAUGAAGGCAGUUUGUAACCAUUGUGGGAGGAAAUUAGUGGGAGAGAGUAGUAAUGGGACUAAACAUUUACUUGAUCAUGUGAAAAGAUGCCAAGUAAUAAAGGAACAACUUGCCACGAAUCCUAAUUCUAAUGAAAGUCCUUCAAUCACAGCUUACAAUUUUGAUCCUGAACUAGGGAGAAAAUUGUUAGCUCAAAUGAUCAUUCUACAUGAAUACCCUUUAUCGAUGAUUGAGCAUAGGGGUUUUAUAGACUAUUCAAAUACUAUUUGCCCUAUGUUUAAAAUGGUGUCAUGGAAUACAAUUAGGUCUGAUAUUUUGAAAAUCUACAAGAUUGAGAAGGAAAAAUGUAGCCAAAUUUUGGAGAAAAAUAGAAGUAGAAUAGUUAUAACCACUGAUAUGUGGACUGCCAAUCAUCAAAAGAGGGGAUAUAUAACUAUGACAGCUCAUUUCAUAGAUGACUCUUGGAAGUUGCAUAACAAGAUUAGUACAGUGACUGUGGAUAAUUGUACUACUAACGAUGCAAUGAUUCCACUUUUGAAGGAAAAGUUUAAUUCUAGUUGUUUCAUUUUAAAAGGAAAGCUACUUCACAUGCAUUGUUGUGCACAUAUUUUGAAUCUUAUUGUCAAUGAUGACUUGUCUGUUAUUGGUGAUAGCACUGACAAGAUUCGAGACAGUGUUGCUUAUUGGUCAGGCACACCAAAGAGGUGUGAGAAAUUUGAGGACAUUGCUCGUUCUCUUGAAGUGUCAUGUACUAAAAAAUUGUCACUUGAUUGUCAGAUAAGGUGGAAUUCAACUUACUUGAUGCUCAACAUAACUUUACUGUACAAUAGAGUAUUUGAACAAUUAAAGCUACGUGAUUCAAGGUAUGUUAGAUAUGCACCAUCAGAAGAUGAUUGGAUUAGAGCACAAAAAUUGUGUGACAGGCUGGAAGUGUUUCAUGAGGUGAUAGAGUUGUUUUGUAGAACCAAGUAUCCUACAUCUAAUCUUUUUUUCCCAAAGAUGUUUCAAAUUAAAAUGAGAAUUAAAGCAUGGAUAAUAGCAGAUGAGCCAUUUAUUAGGGACAUGGAAACUCAAAUGAUAUCUAAGUUUCAAAAGUAUUGGGAAGAGAUUCAUGGGCUUAUGAUUGUGGCAGUUGUUUUGGAUCCAAGAUAUAAGUUUAUGUUGAUCGAAUAUUAUUUUCCUACCAUUUAUAGAAAUGAUCAAUAUGAGAUGCAAAUUAAGAAGGUCCACAAGCUUUAUUAUGAUCUACUGGAAGAGUACAGUUCUAAGUUUCCUAAUCCCAAAGAAAGAAGUCAACAAAUGGAUAGUGUAUCAGCAUCUUCUCCAACACAAAUGGAUGAUCUAUCUAACUUUGACACAUAUGUUAGAGUUGCAUAUGGUGUAGAGAAUGUGAAGUCAGAGUUAGAAUUCUAUUUGGAAGAGAAAUUGAUACCUAGGACUGAUGAGUUAUUUGAUAUAUCCAAUUAUUAG